AUGGAGUCGACUACAAUACUUAAUGAUGGUACUGUUAUGCCAAUGUUUGGACUUGGUGUAUACCGCAUCGAUAAUAAUUGUACUGUUGGAAUUGGAAUUCAACAGAGUGGUAAAAAGCGUGAGGAUGUGUUUAUUAUUUCGAAAUGGUGGCCAACAAGUGAAGGAGCAAAUGGUGCUAGAAGAAGUCUUGAUCAUUGUCUGAAAAACCUCAAAUCAAACUAUGUUGAUCUCUACAUGAUUCAUGCUCCAAAAGAUGGUUGUUGUGGUGAUGCAUAUCGAGCAUUGAUUGAUGCCAAAAAAGAGGGAAAGAUUAGGUGA